AUGAUGAAGUUUGUGGUGGCGCUCGCAGUCCUGGCCGUGGCAGUCCUGGCGUCGGCUCGGCCAGACGUCCUGGACUUCGAGGGUGAGGAUCACCAGCACCAGCAGGAGGGAGACGCCGGAGAGCACGUGGAAGGGUCUUACAGCUGGACGUCCCCCGAAGGCGAGGAGUUCCACGUCCAGUACGUGGCCGACGAGGACGGCUACCGGGUGCUGGAGUCGAACGCCGUGCCCGUGAACCACGACGGGAUGGCGGCGGACGGCAACCAGGGAGCCUUUGGCGAGGAAGAAGGAGAAGGAGGAGAACGAUAAACACCGAAAAGGGAGAAGGGCGAAAAAAAAUGCAGAGAAAGGGGGAAAACGGAGAGAGAAAAAGGAAAAAUAUAUGGAAUUCUUUUCGUGAUACUUGUGUAUUUAAAUGCAUCAUAAUUCGCCAGUGAAGAGAUACGUUACUGCUAUGUAAACCACUGUGUCAA